GUUUCUUGCUGGGCUGCGCACUUAGAGACCUGCAGGAACAGGGAGUAGUUAAGUCUACUGUUCUAGAGAUCAGGGAUUGCUUCGUAUCAUCAUUUCUGAUACAUUUUUCUGAUCGCUGCUGUUGAGAUUUUCGGAGAUUACGAGGGUAUCGAGUUUGUCUGUUGUGAUGGUGUUGGUGGUAGCAUUGUCUAUGUUCUGCAGCGCAGAUGCGCUGGUUCAAGGGUUCUACAGCAAAAAAUGUCCCAACAAGGAGACGAUCCUCUUCGACACAUUGAAAGAUCUUGAUGCCAACGACGGGGACCUUCCUCCUAUCCUCCUACUUCACUUCCAAGACUGCUUCGUUCGAGUGAGAGGCCUGUCGAGAUGUUUAAUUCGUCAAGGACGGCGAUGCGUCUGUGCUUUUGGACGUUGCUAAGUCGGAGAAGACAGCCGCGCCUGGCGCACGUCUUCUGGGUUUUGAGGCCGUUGAGGCGCUCAAGUCGGCAGUAGAGAGAGCCUGCCCAGGCGUAGUUUCAUGUGCUGAUAUAUUGGCAUACGCAGCACGUGAUAGUGUGUUCCAAAAACAUUAUGUGUUAUGAAAAUUGUAUCAGAACUAUUUUGUGCAUGAUCUACGUGCUAUAGCCUCUAGAACCGUACGAAAGCCUAGGAGGUACAAAGAGCUUU